ACAACCCUUCCCUUCCCAUUCCCAUGGAUCUUGGACAUUCGUAUCCAUUCGGGAUUCGUAUCGGAAAGGAAAAGAGUUACUGAAGAUGAUUUGGUCAGAAGUAGUUCCUGGGGAGCUAAUGCCACAAUGAAGACAUACACACAUGGAGCAGCUACUGUAAUUUUCAUCAAUCUCUUCUGCUCCCUGUUGGCGCAGCCUGUGAAUGCAAAGUCUGGUGGCAGUAUCCAUUUUAUGAAUGGCAAUUACGAUGGUCACCCCAUGCUGUACUUUGGGAAGGAAGAUGUGGAAGAUCUGCGGGUCAAAGCUCGAGGCUCCCAUUGGCACAUUGCAACCAGGAUCCGGGAUGCAGUACAGAUUAUGUUGUUGAACCCAGUGGAGUACUUGCCUCCCUGGGAUCCAAAACAUUUUAGUGCCCGUUGGAAUGAAAUGUAUGGCAAUAACCUGGGAGUGCUGGCUAUAUUCUGUGUGCUUUUCCCUGAGAGAACUGAAGCUCUGGAGUUUACCUUGGAUUACAUGGAGAGGAUGGCAUCUCAGCCUAGUUGGCUGGUAAAGGAUGCUCCAUGGGAUGAGGUUCCUUUGGCUCACUCCCUGGUGAGUUUUGCCACCGCAUAUGACUUCCUGUAUGAUCAUUUGAACAAGUCUCGACAGGAAAGAUAUGUGGAGGUUAUAGCUGAUGCCUCUCGAUAUAUGUAUGAAAUGUCUUACAGCCGUGGAUGGGGAUUUCAGUACCUGCACAAUCAUCAACCCACCAACUGUGUGGCCUUGUUGACGGGAAGCCUUAUUCUUAUGACUCAAGGUUACCUCCAAGAAGCUUAUCUGUGGACAAAGCAGGUCCUUGCCAUUCUGGAAAAGUCAAUGGUUCUGUUGCAGGAUGUUAAGGAUGGCUCACUGUAUGAAGGAGUGGCUUACGGCAGUUACACCACCAGAUCCCUGUUCCAGUACAUGUUCCUAGUACAGAAACAUUUCAACAUCAGCCACUUCGACCAUCCAUGGAUCAAGCAGCACUUUGCCUUUUACUACAGGACCGUGCUCCCAGGUUUUCAAAGGACUGUGGCCAUUGCCGACUCAAACUACAACUGGUUCUAUGGGCCUGAGAGCCAGCUUGUGUUUCUGGAUACUUACAUCAUGCGCAAUGGUAGCGGCAACUGGCUGGCACAACAGAUCAGAAAGAAUCGGAUUCGGGAAGGACCAGGCACACCAACCAAAGGACAGAGAUGGUGCACUCUCCAUAUUGAAUUUCUUUGGUAUGAUGCUACUUUAACACCAGUGCCACCUCGAGAUUAUGGGUUGUCAAAAUUGCAUUACUUUGAAGACUGGGGAGUUGUAACUUAUGGAGGAGCCGUGCCAACAGAAAUCAACCGGCCUUUCCUCUCCUUCAAAUCUGGUAAACUGGGCGGACGUGCAAUAUUUGACAUUGUUCAUCAGAAUAAAUAUUCCCAGUGGAUUACAGGUUGGAAGAAUUUCAAUGCCGGCCAUGAACAUCCGGAUCAGAAUUCUUUCACGUUUGCGCCGAAUGGGGUUCCUUUCAUCACGGAAGCUUUGUAUGGACCGAAGUAUACUUAUCUCAACAACGCUUUAACCUUUUCUCCAGCCACCUCAGAGUCUUGCUUUCCCCCUUGGGAGGGACAGGUGACGGAAGCCUGUAACUCAAAGUGGUUGAAAUACAAACAUGGGAUUUCUGGAAAUAGCCACGGACACAUUGUUGCAGCUUUGGAGCAAAAUGGGGUGGUCUUUAUCAGAGGAGAGGCAGUGGGGGCCUACAGCCCGAGCCUGAAGCUGAAGAGCUCCCAAAGGAGUCUUCUGCUUCUGCAUCCACAGCUUCUGCUCCUAGUGGAUCAAAUCCAUUUAGAAGAGGACAGCCCCCUUCAGAAAAUGAGUGCCUUUUUCCAUAACACAGAUGUAGGGUUUCAGGCGACGUCCAAAGAUGGAAUACAUGGAGCAUUUGUUCAACAGAAGGAUGGCCAAUAUAGAAUGUUUUGGAUGGAUGAUCAAGGCAACAGUGAGAAGGGCAUGCUGUCAUACAAGGUGUAUCCUCGUGGCUAUCCAUACAACGGAACAUAUUAUGUGAACGUUACAACCACGUUGAGGUACCCAAUCACCAGAACAGCCUACAUCUUCUUUGGGCCUUCUGUAGAGAUUCAAAGCUUUACCAUUCGGGAGGAUUUGGAUCGAGUAGAUUUAUAUAUAGCAACAAAUGAUAAAACCUACACAGUUUAUCUAAUAACUGGGGAGACUCCUAUGAAACCACUGUUUGCCAUGGUACUAACUGACCGUCAGAAGAUCGUGUUUGAUAGAGGCUCUGCAGUCAGGACUGAUUCACUGAAGGAGGUGGAAAACUAUGUGAAUGUUGUUGAGGAAAAUCUUCAGCACGCAAAGCCAGUCUUUCAGCAGCUGGAAAAGCAUAUUCUGGCUCGUGUAUUCAAUACCGACAACUUCAGAAAGACCGCUGAGCGUCUCCUGAAACUGUCUGGCAAAAAGAAGACAGAGGAAGCCAUUGAGAAAUUAUUUUCUAUCUCCAGGGCACAAAGUAAGGCGAAAAAAACCAGAAAAGGAAAAAGCGAAGGCGAUAAGUUUUCUAACAACCUUCCGGAUAUUUUUGCACAAAUUGAAAUGAAUGAAAAGAGAGAACGGAAGAAGCUUGUGGAGCAACUGAAAGAAGAAUCUGAUUCCAAUGAGAGGAACGAGGAUGUAAGGGAAUUCUUUGACUUUAAGGACCUUCCUUAUGUGAAACCAGAAAAGGCCAUAAACAAUAAGGUUGCAAGAAAUCGAUAUGUCAAUCCAAGAGCCACUAUUCGAAGCACUGCACAGUCCCUUUCAGCUUCCUAUACGCGACUCUUUUUAAUAUUAAAUAUUGCAACAUUCUUCUUCCUGUUAGCAUUGCAGCUCAUUCGGUUCCAGAAAGCCCCAAGCCUGCACGCCCAAAGAUUUCUCUAUGCAAUACUUUUACUGGACUGCUUUGUACUACUUUGCUUGUACUCAUCUUGUUCUCAAGCACAAUGCUAGAAUAAGGAAGUCCUCUAGUGAUCAGUCAAAUAAAUAUGCAAUAAUAUUA